AUGCAGAGCGUGCGCUCGGCGGCCGUCCUUGGCGCGGUGGCGCUUGCGUCAUCGGCGCUUUCAGUGGCCGCGGUCUUGGGAUGGCAGACGCGUACCCGCCGCCGCCGCCGCGCACGCCUCGCUCGCGCGGCACACGCGGCGGCCCACGACGCACCGACGCAGGCCCUCCCGGGCGUGCCGCCGCCCGCGCAGGACGCGCACCCCACGCACGAUGAGAGCCUGGUGCGCGAGCAGCUGAGCCGGCACUACUCCUUCCUCGGCGAGGAGGGCAUGCAGCGUAUUCGCGACAGCUUCGUGAUCGUCGUCGGCGCCGGCGGCGUCGGCAGCUGGGCCGCCCUGAUGCUCCUGCGCGCGGGUGUCGGGCGCCUGCGCCUGAUCGACUUUGACCAGGUGUCGCUCUCGUCGCUGAACCGCCACGCAUGCGCGACGCUCGCGGACGUCGGGCGGCCCAAGGUCGUGUGCUGCCAGCAGUUUUUCGGCAAGAUUGCGCCGUGGGCGCGCGUCGAGGCGUGGGUGCGCCUCUUCCGCGCCCAGGACGCCGACGAGCUCCUGGGCGGCCACCCGACGUACAUCGUCGACGCCAUCGACAACCUCGACACCAAGGUCGAGCUGCUCAAGUACUGCGCGGAGCACAACCUGCGGGUCUUUGCGUCGAUGGGCGCGGGCGCGAAGGCCGAUCCCAGCCGGAUCCAGAUCAGCGACAUUUCGACCACCGCGGAGGACCCACUCGCGCGCGUCGUGCGCCGCGAGCUGCGCGCGGCGGGUCUGCCGCCGAUCCCGCCGCCCGGCAGCGAGGACCCCAAGGAGAAGAAGCAGGCCAUCGAGGCGCACUGCGCGACGGCUUGGACACUCCCGUGCGUGUACUCUACGGAAAAGUCCGACACGCACCUGCUCCCGCUGCCCGACGAGGAGUUCGAGAAGGGCGCCGUGAAGGAGCUCGCUGCCUUUGACGACUUCCGCGUGCGGAUUCUCCCUGUGCUGGGGCCGCUGCCCGCCAUGUUCGGCCUCGCCGCCGCCACGUACAUCCUGUGCGAUAUCGCGCAGUACAAGCUCGAGCCGCUCGCGAUCAAGGGGCGCCGCAAGCUGUACGAGAAGCUCUUUGCGGACUUGAACGUCUCGGAAAGCAAGUUCCCCUCGCCACCCAUCGACAUCCGCGCGCCGCGCCUCGCGCGCGACCCGAGCGACGUGCCGCCGACGUACACGCCGACGCCCGGCGCGCCGCCGCCGCCGCGCGUGCGCAUCCCUUUCAGCGUGAAUGAUAUCGGCUACAUCUUCGAGGAGAUCUUCCGCGGGCGCUCCGUCGUCCCGCCCCACGAUACGCUCGCCGUGGGCCAGCUCGAGCGCUGGGACCCGAAGCGCCCGCUGGACUAUGACAAUGUUGUCCUGUUCACGCGCCCCCAGGCGCGCGAGCAUGAAAAAGAGGUGCUGUCGGUGGGUCGUGAUCCCGCGGCGUACUGGGGCCCGCGCGUCGCGGCCAAGGUCGAGCAGCGGCGCGCCGAGGAGCGCCGCAUGUCGCACUGGCGCUAG